ACUGCCAUGUUGAUGCUAGCUGACUGUUUUGCCCAUUAGUUGAUGCAGAUUCUUCAUUUUGUUGAUGCUCUUUAGCAUUUGGUAUGUUUUUGGAAUGGCUGGUACUGGUUGUUCCUUUCUAUGUAUAGUGCCUCUUUCAGGAGCUCUUGUAAAGCAGGCCUGGUGGUGACAAAAUCUCUGAGUACUUGCUUGUUUGGAAAGGAUUUAUUUUUUCUUCACUUCCGAAGCUCAGUUUGGCUGGAUAUGAAAUUCUGGGUUGAAAGUUCUUGUCUUUAAGGAUGUUGAAUAUUGGCCUGCACUCUCUUCUGGCUUGUAGGGUUUCUGCUGAGAGAUCUGCUGUGAGUCUGAUGGGCUUCCCUUUGUGGGUGACCUGACCUUUCUCUCUGGCUGCCCUUAGCAUUUUCUCCUUCAUUUCAACCCUGGUGAAUCUGAUGAUUAUGUGCCUUGGGGUUGCUCUUUUUGAGGAAUAUCUUUGUGGUGUUCUCUGUAUUUCCUGGAUUUGAAUAUUGACCUGCCUUGCUAUGUUGGGGAAGUUUUCCUGGAUAAUAUCCUGAAGAGUAUUUUCCAGCGUGGAUUCAGUCUCUUCAUCACAUUCAGGUGCACCUAUCAAACGUAGAUUAGGUCUCUUCACAUAAUCCCACAUUUCUUGGAGACUUUGUUCAAUCUUUUUGCGCUCUUUUCUCUAAUCUUGCCUUCUCGUUUUAUUUCGUUGAGUUGAUCUUCGACCUCUGAUAUUCUUUCUUCUGCUUGGUCAAUUCGGCUGUUGAAACUUGUGCAUGCUUCGCGAAGUUCUCGUGUUGUGUUUUUCAGGUCCUUCAGUUUACUCAUAUUCCUCUCUAAGUUGUCCAUUCUGUUAUCAUUUCCUCAAAUCUCUUUUCAAAUCUUUUUUCCAGGUUCUUAGUUUCUUUGCAUUGAUUUGGAACAUGUUCUUUUAGCUCAGGGAAGUUUCUCAUUACCCACCUUCUGAAGUAUCAUUCCGUCAUUUCAUCACACUCAUUUUCCGUCCAGCUUUGUUCCCUUGCUGGUGAGGAGUUUUGGUCCUUUUUAGGAGGUGAGGUGUUCUGGUUUCGGGUGUUUUUCUCCCUUUUGCGCUGGUUUCUUUUCAUCUUUGUGGAUUUAUUCACCUGUUGUCUGAGUGGUUGCUGAUUUUCUGAUUGGGUCUCUGGAUGUACGUCCAUAUUGUUGAUGAUGAUGUAUUUCUGUUUCUUAGUUUUUCUUCUAACAGUCUGGCCCCACUGCUGUAGGACUGCUGAGGUCUACUCCAGGCCCUGCUUGCCUGGGGGUCACCUGUAGCAGCUGCGGAACCGUGAGGGUUGCUACCAGAUUCUUCUUCUAUCUUUGUCCCUGAAUGAUGCCCGCCAAAUGUCAGUCUGAGCAGUCCUUUUUGAGGCAUGUACUGGCAUUGAAAACAUUGAUGAAGCUAUUACAUUGCUUGAACAAAAUAAUUGGGACUUAGUGGCAGCUAUCAAUGGUGUAAUACCCCAGGAAAAUGGCAUUCUACAAAGUGAAUAUGGAAGUGAGACCAUACCAGGACCUGCAUUUAAUCCAGCAAGUCAUCCAACUCCAGUUUCUACUUCCUCCUCCUCUUCCUCUUCUUCGGCGUUUCGACCUGUAAUGCCAUCCAGGCAGAUUGUAGAAAGGCAACCUCGGAUGCUGGACUUCAGGGUUGAAUACAGAGACAGAAAUGUUGAUGUGGUACUUGAAGACAGCUGUACUGUUGGAGAGAUUAAACAGAUUCUAGAAAAUGAACUUCAGAUACCUGUGUCCAAAAUGCUGUUAAAAGGCUGGAAGACGGGAGAUGUGGAAGACAGUACGGUCCUAAAAUCGCUACACUUGCCAAAAAACAACAGUCUUUAUGUCCUUACACCGGAUUUGCCACCACCUUCAUCAUCUAGUCAUGCUGGUGCCCUGCAGGAGUCAUUAAAUCAAAACUUCAUGCUGAUCAUCACCCACCGAGAAGUCCAGCGGGAGUACAACCUGAACUUCUCAGGAAGCAGUACUAUUCAAGAGGUAAAGAGAAAUGUAUAUGACCUUACAAGUAUCCCUGUUCGCCAUCAGUUAUGGGAGGGCUGGCCAACUUCUGCUACAGACGAUUCAAUGUGUCUUGCUGAAUCAGGGCUCUCUUAUCCCUGCCAUCGACUUACAGUGGGAAGACGAUCUUCACCUGCACAGAUCCGCGAACAGUCGGAAGAACAAAGCACCGAUGUUCAUAUGGUUAGUGAUAGCGAUGGAGAUGACUUUGAAGAUGCUACAGAAUUUGGGGUGGAUGAUGGAGAAGUAUUUGGCAUGGCGUCAUCUGCCUUGAGAAAAUCUCCAAUGAUGCCAGAAAACGCAGAAAAUGAAGGAGAUGCCUUAUUACAAUUUACAGCAGAGUUUUCUUCAAGAUAUGGUGAUUGCCAUCCUGUAUUUUUUAUUGGCUCAUUAGAAGCUGCUUUUCAAGAGGCCUUCUAUGUGAAAGCCCGAGAUAGAAAGCUUCUUGCUAUCUACCUCCACCAUGAUGAAAGUGUAUUAACCAACGUGUUCUGCUCACAAAUGCUUUGUGCUGAAUCCAUUGUUUCUUAUCUGAGUCAAAAUUUUAUAACCUGGGCUUGGGAUCUGACAAAGGACUCCAACAGAGCAAGAUUUCUCACCAUGUGCAAUAGACACUUUGGCAGUGUUGUGGCACAAACCAUUCGGACUCAAAAAACAGAUCAGUUUCCACUUUUCCUGAUUAUUAUGGGAAAGCGAUCAUCUAAUGAAGUGUUGAAUGUGAUACAAGGUAACACAACAGUAGAUGAGUUAAUGAUGAGACUCAUGGCCGCAAUGGAGAUCUUCACAGCCCAACAACAGGAAGAUAUAAAGGAUGAGGAUGAACGUGAAGCCAGAGAAAAUGUGAAGAGAGAGCAAGAUGAGGCCUAUCGCCUUUCACUUGAGGCUGACAGAGCAAAGAGAGAAGCUCAUGAGAGAGAGAUGGCAGAACAAUUUCGUUUGGAGCAGAUUCGCAAAGAACAAGAAGAGGAACGUGAGGCCAUCCGGCUGUCCUUAGAGCAAGCCCUGCCUCCUGAGCCAAAAGAAGAAAAUGCUGAGCCUGUGAGCAAACUGCGGAUCCGGACCCCCAGUGGCGAGUUCUUGGAACGGCGUUUCCUGGCCAGCAGCAAGCUCCAGAUUGUCUUUGAUUUCGUAGCUUCCAAAGGAUUUCCAUGGGAUGAGUACAAGUUACUGAGCACCUUUCCUAGGAGAGAUGUAACUCAACUGGACCCAAAUAAGUCAUUAUUGGAGGUAAAGCUGUUCCCUCAAGAAACACUUUUCCUUGAAGCAAAAGAGUAAACACGGCCCAGCGGUGGAACCAGCCGUUCCUUGACAAGCCGGCAGCCUGCGUCAGGAGAAGGGCUCCUCGCCAACCCACCCACACGCUCGUCUCACUCAGUUCAGUGUCACACUUCUGCCUCUUGCAAAAUUGCUGGAAAAAGUAAUAAUAAACAUAGCUACUUAAGAUUUCCCA